CUACGGCGGCCGGCGAGGGACAAGUGGGGGCGCUGUGUGAUUGCGUUGUGCGUGUGUGCGUCACUUCCGUGCGGCGGCGGCGGGAGCAUCAUGCCCAAGUUUUAUUGCGAUUACUGUGACACGUACCUCACCCAUGACUCCCCCUCCGUGAGAAAAACCCACUGCAGUGGCCGGAAGCACAAGGAAAACGUGAAGGACUAUUACCAGAAAUGGAUGGAGGAGCAAGCCCAGAGCCUGAUUGACAAAACAAUAGCGGCUGCAUUCCAGCAAGGGAAAAUCCCCCCGACGCCGUUCUCGGCACCUCCUCCGGCCGGAGCCAUGAUCCCACCUCCGCCCAGCAUCCCUGGUCCCCCCCGGCCCGGGAUGAUGCCGGCCCCACACAUGGGGGGGCCCCCGAUGAUGCCAAUGAUGGGCCCACCCCCCCCGGGGAUGAUGCCGGUUGGACCUGCCCCUGGGAUGAGGCCGCCCAUGGGAGGACACAUGCCCAUGAUGCCGGGGCCCCCGAUGAUGAGACCCCCCUCCAGACCCAUGAUGGUGCCAACCAGGCCAGGAAUGACCCGUCCAGACAGAUAAAGGUGGAAAUGGAGCUGCCUUUUCAUAUUGGGAUCUUCCCCAUGGCAAAUACCACAGACCCAUGUCCUUGGGGUUUUGUCCUGGGUGUGUGCAGGGGCUUUGCUGUCACCUCAGCAUGUGGCCUGGACACACCCUGCACUGACUGCUGGAUGGGGUCUGGCUUUUGGGGCGUUCUUUUUAGUUGUGUUACAUUUUAUCCCCCCAACGAGUCAUAAAAAUAACAAUAAAACAUUGAUGUUGUUUCCAUA